UUACCAGACUGAACAAAUCCACUGACGCAAGACGGAGACGCUGGAAGGCUUAAAUCCUGAUUCCCUGCACUAGAAAAACAUGGAUUUCCUGGAGCUGAUAUUCACUUUGCUGGGUGCAGUAGUUGUCGUCUACUAUGGAGGGAAGCUUGUGCUCUUCAGUAGGAUGCUUUUUCCUAAAUGGUGUUUUCCUCUGUCAAAGACCUUCUUCACCUCUAUGGGAGAAUGGGCAGUGGUGACUGGUGCGUCAGAAGGCAUAGGAAGAGCUUAUGCAUUUGCACUUGCUGACCGAGGAAUGAAUGUUGUCAUCAUGAGUAGAACUAAAGCAACGCUGGAAAAGGUGGCAGAGGAAAUCGGUGAAACCACAGGACGGAAGGUGAAAGUGAUCGUGGCAGACUUCAGUGAGGAGAAUGUCUUCAGGAAAAUAGAGGAAGAGUUAAAAGACCUUAAAGUUGGCGUUUUAGUUAACAACGUUGGGGUGCUCCCCACCUUUAUCCCCUGUAAGUUUCUCGAUUCUGAGGAUCUGGACAAGACAAUAACAAAGGUGAUAAACUGCAAUGUGAAAACAUUGUGCAAGAUGUGCAAAAUAAUCCUCCCAGGCAUGGAGAACAGGAAUAAAGGCGUGAUCAUCAAUGUCGCUUCAGGAAUUGCUUCUUUUCCCUUUCCACUCUAUACCCUUUAUGCUGCAUCAAAGGUAUUUGUGGAAAGAUUUUCUCAAUGUCUCCAAGCAGAGUACAAAGAUAGAGGGAUCAUCAUACAGGCUGUGGCUCCUUUCGGGGUCUCCACUCGGAUGGCGGGUUUCCAAAAAACGAACAUAGUGACUCUGCUGCCUGAAUACUUUGUACAAAAAUCCCUGCAGUACCUCAAAGCUGGAGACAAAAUCAACGGCACUAUCUGCCACACACUCCUGGCCUGGUUGCUGCAGUCUAUUCCUCUUAAGCUUUUCUAUGCUGAGAUUGUGCUGCAAGGCUUACAGGACUACGUUAAAAAGAAAACAGGUCAGAGUGAAUCAGUUUCUGAGUCAAAAAUGGAAUCUAAGAAUGGUAUGAGAAAAUAGGAAAACAUGAAAUUGUUGAAUCCACUUUUAAUAAUAGAACCGAUGGAUGCUGUGAACAACAGAAGGAGUUGAUUAUUAUGAUUUUUAUGUUUUUAUAUGUACAUAUUUAUGGCUAAAAUUAUAAAGACCUAUGAUUUCCUGUUAUUUCCAAAUGUGUAAAAACAAACCCUCAAUAAAUGAAGCGUAACACACUAAUGCGCAGCUAUAUAGUUUUAUUGUACAAGCUGUUUAAAACUGUUUUUUGUCAUAAUUUCGUAUCUCCUGAUUUAUCAGUCUUUGUUGUAUCUGCUAUAGCGUUAUUCAAAUAGAUGCCAGGUAAAUGUAUCACAAACUAUUAAAAAUAAAUUGCAGCUCUGUGUAACUCAU